AUGAUGGAUCAGCACGCCAAACCUACGCUGCCUGCCGCCAGCCCCAAUGCGCGUGGCAGCCCAUUUGCGUACCAGUCCAAGUACCUCGACCGUUCCACAUCACGUAGCAGCACCUUUUCGCUCGCCUCGCCACUCGACUCAUCAGCGCGCAAUCCAACAGCGACCAAUCUUCAGCACUCGGGCUCCGUCCGGCGUUUCCCGGCUCCGCACCGUCACACCGCCUCGCUCGACCCUCAGCGCGCUGCUGAGCUUCGUGCGGCGGCGGCUGCUGGCUCUCCUUCCGCGCACAGCCCGACCGCGUCUCCGCUCGGUCCAACGUCGGCCGCUUUUGGCUCCAAUCACAGCAUCGCGAGCUCUGCUUCCAAUGCCUCGGCAAGCGCAACCACAUCACCCGUCCCGGCCACAUUCAGCAAAGCAACGUUCCCAGCAGCUUCCCGUGGCGUCAAUGGGCGUCCUAUCUCGAUGCCUCCAGCUCCGCGCGAGAACCUGUUCAACUCGUCCACUGUCGGCCGGGCUCGUGCCUUCUCACCCACCAAGGACCCCUACGACCGCGCCGUAUCCCCAACCAAGAACCUCAGUCACGACUCGCCACUCUCUUCGCCCAAGAAGGAUGACGCUUCAUGGAUUCAGUCGCCUUCCACGCCCAAGCAGGGCAGCUUCUGGAGCAACGGCACAAAUGGCGUCAACGGCGGCUCCAGUAGCGGGCCUUCUCAGCUGCAUCUUGGAGGCGUCAAAGAUCUCAAGCGGUCUAGCGUCGGUGCGCUCAAGAUGAUCAAGGACUUCACGCAGAAGACCGACAACAUCGGCGCGGUCGGCGAACAGCACGGUCACACGCGUAUGACGGUCGGCCGCUCGCGUGGUCAGCGAACGCUGAGCAUGGAUUCGACCGGUGCUCCCCUCGCCGAUCGUCUCAACGGCCUCAAUCUCGAGCCCACCAUUCAAGAAGGUUGGCAGAAGCCAGGACGACCAGGUCGCAUGGAGAGCGAGGACCAGGAGGGCGAGAUCGUGCUUCCCGGUAUCACGACGGGUGCCGAAGAUGUGGCUGGCCUUCAUGGGCGUAUCCGUCUCGCACGCGCAGAUGGGCCAGGUACGAUGGCGCUCGGCCGCCCCACUGCGACGUCCUCCUCCAGCCUCCCGCUCACCAGCUCGAGUAAGUGGAUGGACACCCAGCGUCACCUUCUUCAGGCGUACGAGUAUCUCUGUCACUGUGGAGAGGCCAAGGAGUGGAUGGAGCUCCACGUCGGGGAGCACCUCGGCCAUGUCGUCGAGAUGGAAAACGAGAUGCGAAACGGCAUCUUCCUCGCCAAGCUCGCCAAAACCUUCGAGCCCGACUGCGUGCCGCGCAUCUUUGUCCAUCCCAAACUCCAGUAUCGCCACACGGACAACAUCAACUACUUUUUCAGCUUCAUCAACAAGGUUGGCCUGCCUCACUUUUUCCAGUUCGAACUUACGGACUUGUACGAGAAGAAAAAUUUCCCCAAGGUCGUCUACUGCAUCCACGCGCUCAGUCACGUCCUCGCCCGCCAAGGCCGAGCGGUCAAGGUUGGAAACCUCAUUGGCAAGCUCGAAUUCACGGAUGACCAGCUGCAAAAGACGCAGAAAGGGUUGGAUGCAUCCGGUGUCGCCAUGCCCUCGUUCGGCGGUGUCGGCAAGGCGCUCGCAAAGGAGUUGAACGUGGAGCCAGAGCCCGAGCCGGAGACCGAGCAGGAGCGCAUCGACCGCGAGCUCAUAGAGAACAUCGAUGCCGUCGUCGCACUCCAGACCGCAUCGCGCGCCUUUGUGGCCAGGCUGCGGUUUGCGGAGCGUCUUCAGGCCGAGAUCCAGCGUCGCCACGAGGAGGAGGCACGCUUGGCUGCGGCCGCCGAGGCGGAACGUGUUCGUCAGCGCCGGGCUGAAGAAGACCGCAUCGUUUCGCGUUGGACUCCUCUCAUGCAGGCCCAGAUCCGUGGCGUCCUCACUCGACGCACCCAUCACCGCAAGCAAGCCGCCCUUCACACGAGCACGCGCACCUUUAUCGGCCUGCAGGCUGCUGUGCGCGCCAAGCUGGCUCGUCAGACGCACGUCGAACACGUCAAGCGCGUACACAACCGUGACAAUGCUCGAGCCAUUGAGAAGUUUCAGGCUUGCGCACGAGGCGCCCUCUAUCGCCGUCGCUUCUUUGAAAACAUCAAGGCGCUCGACAAGCACGAGACCGGUGUCGUUGGUUUGCAGGCACAGAUUCGGGGUCGUUUGGCGCGCGCCGCAUACGAGAACCUCAUCUACGGCCUGGCCGACUCAACGGAGGAUGUCAUCAGGCUGCAGGCCGCCUGUCGAUCUGUCUUGGCCAAGCAGAAGCUGCUCGGCACCAUUCGAGGCUUGCGUAGCUCGAGCGAUGCCAUCACUGCUGUCCAAGCCCAGAUUCGCGGUGUGCUGGCACGCAGGAACCAUGUUCGCAUGCGCUCGGCGCUGCAAAAGGUCGAAGUCAAGGCGGCGGUCGGUGGACUUCAGUCCUUUGCGCGUGCUGCCCUUGCCCGUCGCAAGCAUCAGGAGCAAAAGAAGCAGCUCGACUUUGUCACUCCGGAUGUGGUCGGCAUCCAGGCUGCUAUUCGAGGUAUGCUGGUACGCCUCGAGUACGAUUGGUGGAAAAACCACAUCAUCCAGAGCGAGCCCGUGGCGAUCCAUCUCCAGUCUCUCAUUCGAGGUGCAAUCAGCCGCCGCAAAUUCUUCUCGCGUCUGCGCCACUACCACGAGCACAUGGACAAGGUCGUCAAGAUCCAGAGUCUCUUCCGUGGCAAGCAGCAGGGCGAGCAGUACCGCAGCCUCACCAUGGGCAAGAACGUGCCCGUCGCCACCAUCAAGAACUUUGGCCAUCUGCUCAACGACUCGGAUGCCGAUUUCGAGGACGAAAUCGAAGUCGAGCGUCUGCGCAAGCUCGUGGUGCGUGCGAUUCGUGAGUCGCAGACGCUCGAGAACGACGUCUCGGAGCUCGACACCAAGAUUGCGCUGCUGGUCAAGAACAAGAUCGGCAUUGAGGAGUUGAUCAAGGCCAAGAACGAACGUGGUCUGCUUGGUCAGCGCGACGCGGCGGCGGCGGUGCAGAAGCGCAACUCGGUGCUGGUUGCUGCCAACGAUCCGUUCGCCGAUCACGCAUUGGACCGUGCCUCGAGGAGGAAGUUCGAGCUCUACCAGGAGCUCUUUUACGCUCUGCAGACGCGUCCCGAGUAUCUUGCUCGUCUGUUUGCUCGCGUCGGCAAGAUCGACAUGGCCGACCGCGACAAGCGACAGGUGGAGAAGAUCGUUCUGACGCUCUUCGGAUACGCGCAAAAGGCGAGAGAAGAGUUUUUGCUGCUCAAGCUCUUCCAGCGCUGUGUCGAGGAAGAGCUCGGUUUCGUCUCGACGGUGCAGGAUUUCAUCCGGGGCAACGCGCAGUUUAUCAAGCUGGUUGCGCAGUACAACCGAGGCGCACGGGAGCGCAAAUACCUCAAGGACCUGCUUUCGCCGCUGGUGCAGGAUAUUAUGGCUCAAGACGGUCUGGACCUCGAAACCGACCCUUGCGCCAUCUAUCGCGCCACGAUCAACCAAGAGGAGAUGGAGACCGGCCAACCGUCGCGUAGGCCCCUCGAGGUGGCCUUCAACGAGGCGCUUGCCGAUCCCAUGGCGCGGACCAUCUUCAUUCGCCACCUGCAAUCGCUCCGUGCGACCACCGACACGUUCCUGUCUGCAAUUCUCGCAUCGACGCGCAAGAUGCCCUACGGUGUGCGCUACAUUGCUCGUGAGGUGUUCCGCGCCCUGCAGGCCAAGUUCCCCAACGAGCCAGAGGAUGCGCUGAUCAAGGUGGUCGGCCACCUGGUCUACUACCGGUACCUGAACCCGGCGAUCGUUGCGCCAGAAGGGUUUGAUGUGGUCGAAUCGCUGGUGGGGCCGGUUCAGCGCAAGAACCUGUCCGAAGUGUCCAAGAUGCUUACGCAGAUCGCAGUCGGCCGACUGUUCAACGAUGACAACCCAUACCUGCAGCCGCUGAACGAAUAUGUCUCGCACGCCUCGGAGCGAUUCACCAAGUGGCUGUACGGGAUCAUCGACUGUCCGGAUGCCGAGAUGCAAUUCAGCGCCGACGAGUUUCUGGACCAUACAGUGCAGCAGAAGCCGGUGAUCUACAUUUCGCCCAACGAAAUCUACUCGAUGCAUCUGCUGCUGUCUCAGCAGGUGGACCAUCUGGCUCCGAACCAGGAGGACCCGAUGCGCGUGAUUCUCAAAGAGCUCGGUGCUGCGCCUGUCUCGAACACGCAGGAGCUCAACUCGGCACGAGACAGCGAGAUCACGUUUGAGCUCGUAUCGCGCAUGGCGACGUUGCAGGAUCCCGAGGCCGAGACCAAGGCGCUCUUUGUCGAGACCAAGCGCUUGGUGCUGUCGUUGCUCAAGGUGCAAUCGGGCAAGACACUGGUAGAUGUGUUUGUGGCGCCCGUGACGGAUCGCGAGGAGCUGCAGUGGGAGGAGAUUGUCUCGCUCGAGAUUGCUGCCGAUCGCCAGCGACAGCGGGGUCAGCGACCGCCUGGCGUGCCCAUGUACGGCGGUGCUACGGGCCCCGGUCGGUUGGAGGAUGUGCGUCGUCUGUCUUUCGCUGAACUGAAAGCGCGCACGUUGGAAAAUAUGCUGCAGCUCGAGCAGCUCGGCAAAGUGUCGCGCGCCAACAAAUAUCAGGACAUGCUCAACGCCAUCGCCAUCGACAUCCGCAACAAGCACCGCAAACGCAUCCAGCGCGCCAACGAGAAGGCGGCGAUGCACACGACUCUCAAGACGCUCGGCGAGAAAAAGGCAUACUUGGAAGAGCAGAUCAACUCGUACCAUUCGUACAUCGAUGCGUCGAUGCAGACGAUGCAGGGUGGGCGAAAGGGCAAGAAGCGCUUUGUGCUGCCGUUCAGCCAGCAGUACUUCCACCUGAGGAGCUUGAAGCAGAAUGGCGGCAAGGUGCCCAAGUUCGGCUCGUACAAGUAUGCUGCCAGCAAGCUGGUCGAGAAGGGCGUGUUGGUGAAGACGGACGGCAUCGUCAAGCCGGGUGGCGGCGUGGACGGGUUGUCGGCGAGCGGGUCUGGUAGCGUUAGCGGCAAGGCUGCUUCUGUCUACGGUGGACCGGCAGCAGCUGGAGCGGGCGGACAGACGGCAGAGGUGAGCUUGACCAUCUCGUCGGACCAGGCUGGUGUGUUUACCAUCGAUGUGCUCAACGGCCCGGCGGCUGGGCUGAGCACGGAUCUGAGGAUCGAGGAUCUGCUCGAGAGCCAGUUCAACAACCAGCCGACGCUACUCGUGCUCGACGGCGCGGUCGAGGUCAAUGUCAACUUGCUCGUGCAUUUGAUCAAUAAGAAGUUUUACGCGUAG